UACUGGCCGUACCCGUACCGGCUGUAUCGAGCGGAAAGAAAGAACGGACGAGGUGGAUGGCCUGAUUGGUCGAAGCCUCGCGCAUUCCGCGUCCCCAGUUCCGAUUUCCGAACCCUAAUUUUUUUCUGCCAACCUUUCCGCACCAUCCAAACGAGCGCCCAGUCGCUCCACCGCGCGGCCUCGUCCGUCCCCAAAUUGCUGCCCUCCUCUCUGUAUCACCUCUGCUUCUCCUCGAUUGGGUCCUCCGAAACUUGAGCAACAAGAUGCUCCACUCGUGGCGAAAUCUGGACCAUGUUCCCCGAUCUGCUUAUCAAUUCUGGAUCAUGGCCCGGAACAUCAUGGGAGUAAAAGACAAGAAGAAAUGGGGUAAACCGAAUUGGCUCUGCCACAUCACCGAAGGGAUAAGUAGAGAAGAAAAGAGGUGGGGAACCAAGGAGGUCCUUGUUAGACAUCCCGCGGACAAUGUAAGAUCGACUUUCAUCUUUAAGAACAGCAGCCACCGGGAUGGUGCUAUAUACAAAAGAAGCUUUGCUCUUCGAAAAUUAUGUCGUGUUACUGACCGUGAUGAGACACAACUUGAGCCAAUGAUGUUAUCGGAGCCAACGGAUUGCUUUCCUGACCGAGAAAGGUGCUGCGUGCAUUAUAAAAGGCCGAUGAUGCAAAUUUUCUCAUUAAAAUUGGCUAGUGUCUCUAUCAACACUAGCUCAGUAGAACUAUAUGGAUAUAUUGCAGUGCGGGAUUAUGUGGACUCAUUGCUUAAUUAUAUUGUCAACCGUAGCAGGGAUGACCCCAUUAUUGCGCAACAGGUGCACAUCAUUACCUCAAUACCUCAUGCAGUUUAUUUUUAGCAAUUCGCUUAUUUUACAAUGUAAUCUCAAUUUCAUCACAUUCAUAGAGAAGAUGAAUUGAAAUAUAACAUUGUUAUGACAUACUACAACUAAUUAAUCUCCUUUUCAGUAGUAGAAUUUGGGACUGAAUGUUGUAUCUCUACCAAUAUCAAAAGACUCAAAGGGGCAGUUCCAACUAAUCUUGACCAUCGAACCAGGUCAAUCCAACGACCUAGACUGCUUCAAUGGCGAGCGCUCAACAUGUUCAGUGUGUAAUUAAUAUCAUACAAAUAUAGCACUAAACACAUAAUUAACGCGCAAAAAUAUCCUAUCUAAUAUACUGCCUAAUAUUAACGUGCAUUUACUAG